AUGUUCAAGUCGGCGGCGGCGAUCCUGGCGACACUGGCCGCGGUCGUGGCGGCCAAGAACUGCAGGAACAUCAAUGUGCCCGUCAGCAUUAGCGCUCGCAAUGGCGAGUUCGACGUCCAGGCGCCCGCGACCGAGAUCGAGGUGACCAACUUCUUCCUCAACCUCGCCAGGCAAAACUACAACUACACCGAGGCCGUGCUGAAGGGGUACAAGACGGUUCAGGGCGACUACACCCUCGCCACGACUUAUUGCGAGCCCAAGGACGGACCCGGCGACACCAUCCAGAUCUUGACGCACGGCGUCGGCUUCGACCGCAGCUACUGGGACUUCCCCUACAACAACUACAACUAUAGCUACAUCAACAAGGCUCUCGAUGCAAAGUACUCGACCCUCUCAUGGGACCGCCUCGGCAUCGGCGCCUCGUCCCACGGCGACCCGGUCAACGACAUCCAGAUCUUCCUCGAGGUCGCCGCGCUCAAGGCUCUUACCGAUAUCGUCCAGGGCGGCAAGCUCCCCGGCGUCUCGAAGCGGUACUCCAAGACGGUCCACGUCGGCCACUCAUUCGGCUCGGCCAUGACAUUUGCCCUCACGGAGCAGUACCCUGACAUCUCCAAUGGCAUCGUCCUCACGGGCUUUAGCCAGGUCCCGGGCUUCAUGGGCACUUUCGCCCUGGGCAGCAACUUUGCGCCAGUCAGCGAGAACCGCCGUCUCAGACGCCAGUACGCGGUCGGCUACGUCGCUCCCAAGUCUGAAAUUGGCGUUCACAUCGACUUUUUCGGCCCCGACGACUUUGACCCUGAGAUGCUCUGCGCGGCCACCGACAUGGGCCAGCCCGCGGCGGUGGGCGAGCUGCUGACCGUCGGCUCCACGGGCAUGACGAGCAACUUUGGUGGCUCGGUUCUCAUAAUUACUGGAGACCGAGACGUGCCAUUCUGCGGCGGCGACUGCACCAACACCAAACCCCUUGCGGCAAUGAACAUCACCGAGCCAUUCCCCAACCUCCUCGCCAUGUCCAAGGGCAGCUUCAAGAAGGCCAAGGCGUUCAACGCGACUGUCGUGCCUCUCGGCGGCCACGGCCUCAACCUGGGCUACAGCGCGGGCUUCACGUACAACGCCAUUCUCGAUUUCCUCAACGCUGAGCUGUAG